CCAUUUUUUCACUAAGAUUUACAUUGAUUUGAAUGUUACUUGAUUUUUAUGUGUUUUUGAGUUUAAGCUCUGUUUAUCACAAACUAACUUUCUCCCUUGAAAUAUUUGAAAGUACUCUGUAGAACUUUUUGUGGACAGAAAAUUGUAAUCUAUCACAAAAUUAAUAAGCUGAAAACAUUACCUAUCUUUUCAGUAACAAUUAUUUGUUAUCUUAAAUAAUCAGCAAAAUUGUUAUUGAACCUUGUGAACAAGAUGGUGUUCAAUCAAGUUUUAAAAAACUCAAGGCAUCCUAAAUUGAUGUCUCAAAUUUUGCGUUUCAGAGAGCCAGUUCCCAAAGAGAAGGGAAGUAAUGCAUCAACCAGCAAGAGUCUGAAACUGAUGUUGAAUGAAGGCUUUAUUAAGCCUGUUAGUCCUGGCUUGUUAAGUCUCAUGCCUCUUGCUGUUAGAUCUUUGGAAAAAUUGAUUUGUUUAGUUGAUGCUUUCAUGGCAAACGUUAAUGGCCAAAAGGUUUUAUUUCCAUCAUUAGUUCAACGGUCGCUGAUGAAAGCAUCCGGUCGUUGGGACAACAAUUCUAAUUUGUUUAAGUUAACAGAUCGAAGUCAAAAUGCAUACUGUCUUGGUGCCACCCAUGAGGAAAUUGCCACUAGUUUACUAUCUCAUUUGAACAUUUCAUAUAAGAUUCUGCCGCUUCGUUUGUAUCAAAUAUCAUCCAAGUUCAGAGAUGAAUUGAACCCGAAAUUGGGUCUCUUGCGAGGUCGAGAAUUUAUCAUGAAGGAUAUGUAUACAUAUGAUGCCAAUGAAGAGAAUUCUGAAAAGACGUAUGUAGAAAUUUGUGACGCUUAUGAAAAACUUUUCAAUUCUUUAGAAAUUGAAUUUGUGAAAGUGGUUGGAUCAAGUGGAGAUAUAGGUGGGCAUAGUUCUCAUGAGUUCCAUGUACCAUCCCAUAUUGGGGAAGAUGAAAUUUUAGUUUGUCCUAAGUGCAAAACGGGAUAUAACAUUGAAGUAUUAAGUAGUGAUAAAAAUCCAAAAUGCAUCUCUUGUGGUUUAGAAUUUGACAGAAAGAAUGCCAUAGAGAUUGGACAUGCUUUCUUGCUAGGUACAACAUAUUCAAAACCAUUUGAUGCGAACUAUAAUUCCUCAAAUCAUUCUUACGAAUUGUUGCAAAUGGGUUGUUAUGGACUGGGUUUGAGUAGAAUACUUGCUGCAUCUAUUGAAAGUUUGUCAACAGUAGAUAACAUUCGAUGGCCAUUGCCCCUUGCACCUUUUCAACUUUGCAUAAUUGUUCCAAAGAAGGGAAGUAAAGAAGAACCUGUCACUCCUUUUGCUGUUCAUCUUGCAGAGUGUUUGAAUAAAAUUGACUGGUUGAAUAACAAUAUAGUGAUUGAUGAAAGAACAAAUUUGACGAUUGGGAAACGUUUGCAAGAUGCAUCUGCAAUAGGAAUACCAUUUGUGAUUGUUGUAGCAGGUUCUGCUCUGGAAGAAGUGCCGAAAGUUGAAGUUGUUGAUGUGUAUAAUUCUCAAACAAUGUUUUUAACUCACAAGGAAAUAUUGUACUAUUUUAGGUCAAAAAGCUUGUUGAAUUUUCAAUUUUAAAAGCUCUAGGAAAAUGUUAAUUUUAUUAAUUAUCAAAUUAGCACUUCUUGUAUUUUGAAGAAAAAAAAAGAAUAAAUGUUUCAAAAAGAAAUGUAU